AUGGCUGUGUUUCCAGACUACACGGCAGCCACGAGCCAUCCCAUUGCAAGCAGCUCUGGGUCUACAACAAGCGCAAUCGCUGUAGACCCCAUCAUUGAGAAUGAGCAAACGACAGAUGCCGAAAUUGAGAGGACCGGUAUCUGGGCUAUAUCUUUCAGAGACUUUGCGGAUGUGUAUCCAUCCGCCGGCGUGAUAGUAGUUGACAUCUCGCCGAUUCAGCCAGGUUGGGUCCCACCCAAUUCCAAGUUCCAGAUCGAUGAUAUCGAGCAGCCAUGGACCUGGCCCAUCAGCCACUUUGACUAUGUGCACGUAAGUCACCUCGAAGGUAGCGUGGCAGACUGGCCCAGGCUAUACGACCAAACUUUUGCCCACACCAAGCCAGGUGGAUUUGUCGAGGUUAAAGAGAUAGAUGUGGAGCUAUGCUCUCAAGUGCUUGCUGAACUGAACGAAGACCAUGUCUACAAAAGAUGGGGCAAGGUGAUGCUAGAGGCCAUGGAUCGACUGGGAAAGACGGGAACUCAUAGUCGAAAUCAUGGUAUCGCCAAAGGUCUAGAAGCUGCAGGCUUUGUUGACAUCGUUGAGCAGCAGUGGGCUGCGCCUAUCGGUGCCUGGCCAAUGGAUUCGACUCUCAAGGAAGUGGGUGCGUGCCACUUACAGUACCUUGAUCAAUCGCUUGAAGGCUUUGGUACCUUUCUACUUAAAGAGAUAAUAGGAUGGGUAUAUGCUGAGAUUGUGGUGUUUAUGAGCGAGAUGCGGAAGGCCAUUAGAGAUCAGGGAGCUUAGUGUCUGGCAUGAUAGCUGGGAUAGUCAUAGUCGUUGCCCUUAAAUGCACGCAU